GGUACGGAUGCCGGGAAGGGGAAGAUGGGGCGACGGCAGAUUCUCUGAGCUGCAGAGUUCUAUGGCGGAGAGUAGGCUCCGGGCUUCGGACCUAGGGACUCAGCUGGGAGUUUCCAGUUGUCUGGAAAAAUGCCAGAGGAGCUCACCAGAUGCUGGGAGGCAGCCCUUCUCUGGAAAGUCCUUUUAUCUGGAUCUGCCUGCCGGCAAAAGUCUCCAGUUUUUGACGGGGGCCAUCCAGCAGUUCGGUGGGGUAAUUGAGGGUUUUCUGAGCAAAGAAGUAAGUUACAUCGUGUCCAGCCGCAGGGAGGCGAAAGCAGAGAGCAGGGGGACAAGCCCCAGAGGCUGCCCCAGCCCCAGCAAGGUCAGAGGACAGACGCCGUCCGUGGCCCAUCCGAAGGGCGGCCACACCAGGCCUUCGCAGAAGCCUGCAGACUCGGUGCCUAGGAGCAGAGGCAAGGAGCUAUUGCAGAAGGCCAUCAGAAACCAGGAGAGCGGCAGCAGGGGAGGUGGCGGGAGAAGCAGCAGUCUCCUGACCAGUGCCCGCGCCUGGGGAGUGAGGAUCCUGCACGUGGACGAAAUGCUGAUGCACGUGCAGCAGCUGUCUCUUGAUGCUCUGUGUGUGAAGAAACAAGGGCCAAAGAAGAAGCCAGAGGUGGGUCGUCCUGCUGAACUGAAGGGAAAUGGACAGUCUGCAGUGGUGAAGUCUGUGACAACUUCGCCACCAAGCCCCCUCCCUGAGGGAACGUGUCCAGCAGAGUCAAGAAUGCGGAAAGUGGCCAGGCUGAAGGCACCGUUCCUCAAAAUCGAAGAUGAGAGCAGGAAGUUUCGUCCCUUCCACCAUCAAUUUAAGUCCUUUCCUGAAGUUUCUUUUCUGGGACCCAAAGAUGCAAGUCCCUUUGAGGCCGCGAUGACCCCAGGCAGCUCGCAUCAUACCAGAGAACCCAAGGACCGUGAGCCAAGCCUGCGAUCGGCCACCCGCACCCUGCCCAGGAGGAGGAAGGGCUUCUGUGAGUGCUGCCAGGAGGCCUUUGAGGAGCUCCACGCGCAUCUCCAGAGCACCCGGCACCAGGGCUUCGCCCUAGAAGCCCACCUGUACGCAGAAGUCGAUCGGGUCAUUGCCCAGCUUGGCCACAGCUUUGCCGACGCCCCCUCCUGGGCCGGCCUCCCCAGGCAGCCGGACUCCCCGUCUUCCGAUGGUGACCCUCUGUGGCCUGAGACUCUGCCUCCCGGCCAGCCUUCCCAACCCCGGGCCGCGUGUCCGGGGAUGAGACAGGAAGACGAGCUCCCAGCCCCGGGCGCCCCAGAGCAAGCCGGCUCGGAGGGCAGCGUGAAGCCACCCGCCGAACCCGUGGGGGCUGGCCGGAUGCCGGGACCAGUAGCAAACUGCCAGGAGCUGGGGGGCUCAACGGAUGUCAUUGCAGACCCCCCAGGGACGCCAGGGUCCGAGAGCCCUGUACACCAGUACCUCCGGACACGCUCCGGUUCUGCGGAAUUCUCUGGCCCGGACGUGGCCCCUGUUGGCCACAAGCGGAAGGUUCAGCUCCCCGGUGGCAAUCCCGAGAAGCGAGCCCCUCCCCUGGCAGCCCACGGAGAGGCCAGCAGAGCCCCCUUGGCCCGGGGGAGGAUGGCCCCCCGGGAUCUGAGGAGUCUGAGCAUGCGCCGGCUGGCUCCCGGCCAGCUGUCAGCCCGCCUGCACUCAGCAGAGGACAUGCGGGCCCCGGGGGGACCUGCGAGGGCCAGUCCGCCAGUGGAGGAGCUGGCUGCUCCCAGUGGUCCUGCCCCCCCACCCCCCUGCGUCUCCCAGCAUCCACAGAGGACUGUCCCAGGAGUUCCCUGGGGCCGCAGCAGCCCCCAGCCUGAGGGCCAGAGACACAGAUCCUAG